ACCUGCAGUUUGGAAGGGUUAGUGAGCAACACACACACAAACUUGCCCACUCAGCAGCACACAUGCACGCACACCCACACUCAACCACGGCACGGGAGGCCGCCGGACUCACUGGAAAAUGAAUCUAAUGAAAGGAAGAACAAUCAGCCUACAGCAUGGACUCUGAAUCUCUGGACAACUGUAUUCAGAGCACACUUUCUGCUCUCUACCCUCCAUUUGAAGCCACUGCAGCCACUGUGCUAUGCCAGGUGUUAGACGUGGUUGAGACGACAUACCGUGGGGACGGACUGCACUACAUCAUUGACUUCCUGGUGCCUGCUAAACACAUCCUACAGAGCAUUCAACAGGAUGCAUGCUUCCCAUACUGUGGUUUCCUGUUUCGUCAUGAGGGCUGGCCGCUGUGUGUCCAUGAGAAGGUCAUAAUUCAGCUCUCCUCUUUGGACUGGCGUGUGUUACGGCCCAGCGACUUCUACUUACAGGUGACGCCUUCGCCCAAAAGCCGCCCGCGUAUCACGGUGAAGUGUCUGGCAGUUAGCGGGCAGCAUGUGGAGGAGCUGGACGUGCCAGAGCUAGCAUACACCUCUCUGUUCACCAUGGAUUGGCUGGACUCCAUCAACCGGGGGAGGAGUGUGGUCAGACGAGCCGCCCUGGAACACUGUCUUUUAUCAGCGGAUAAUGAUAUUUUUAGGGUACCCUGGGAGGAUAUUGUUCACCCGGAGUUUAUCAGCAGACCCCCCAAAGUUACAGAACAAGCUGAAAGUAGAGGGGUGUGCAAGGAAGUUGCCAACAGAGAGGAAAGAGACUCAGACAUAGAUCAAGAAGACAACCCUGAGGACAUACAAUGUAGGAUUUUUAUUGACACUUCCACUGACCAAUCAAGGGAGAUGGACUGUCAGAGCAAGGGGGUUAAGCUCCUCCCUGCUCUCAGUGAGAUCGGUAAAGAUAGCAGUGGACGGAGCUCUAGCAGCACGGCAGAGGAUUCAGAGGGAGAGUAUGUGGAGCUAGCUGAUAUCUCCUUACCGCGCUUUUCCCCACAGAAGGGCUCUCUCACUCAAGCCAUUAGCAUGAACUACAGAAAUCUACAUAAACCACAGACUGCGGCUUCUACUCAGACUAAAGCCAAACCAGAGCAGAGUCUUUUGAAGAAUGGCGCAUGCUCACAGAGCAUGGUGUGUGCCAUGCUGAUUGAAGAAAACCUGAGUGAUACCUACCAACCUAUGAUCUUAACCUGCACUGCUCCUGCAGAGGCAGAGCGUCCACUCCAGCAGGUGCACGGGUCUGAGCACACCUGUGCUGCAGGUACAGCCUCCUGUGACAGUGUGUCUGAGAGUGAGUUUGUGUCUCAACACUCCGACUGUGAUUCUGCUUCACUUUCUGAUACGUCAACACAUAACAUAUCACAAACAGACAGUAAACCAGUCAACACAUCACAACUAGACAACGAGCCAGUCAAGUCAACACAAUCAGAAGUUAAACCAGUAAACACAUCUCAGCUAGACAACGAACUAGUCAGCACAUCACAACCUGACAGCAAACCAGUCAGCACAGCACAACUUGUCAGUGUGCCAGUCAGGACAUCACAAUCAGACGUUAAUCCUGAAAGCACGUCUCAACUAGAUAACAAUCUAGUGAGCACAUCACAGCUAGACAAUGAGCCAGUCAAGACGUCGCAUCCAGACGCUGAACCAGUAAGCAUAGGUCAGCUAGACAAUAGUCUAGUCAGCACAUCACAACCAGACAGCCGACCAGUCAGCAUGUCACAACUAGUUAAUGAGCUAGUCAAGACAUCACAACCAGACGUUGAACCAGUAAGCACAUCUCAACUUGACAGCAAACUAGUCAGCACAUCGCAACCAGAUAGCAAACCAGUCAGCACAUCACUACUAGUCCGUGAGCCAGUCACAAUGUCACAACCAGACCAUAAACUAGUAAGCAUAUCUCAACUAGACAGCAAAUUUGUUAGCACAUUUGAACUAGACAACAAACAAGAAAGCUUAUCUCAACUAGACAGCAAACCAGUCAACAUAUCACAACUAGACAAUAAGCCAAUCAUGACAUCCCAAACAGACAUCAAAACACUAAGCUCAUCUCAGCUAGACAACAAUCUAGUCAACACAUCACAACCAGAUAACCAACUAUUCCACACAGCACAACUAGGAUGUGAACUGGUUAGUUUAUCUUUACCAGAUAGCAAACCACUCAAUACAUCACAUUUGUACAACAUGCCACUAAGUACAUCACAAACAGACAACAAAACAGUUCGCAUGGAGCAACCAGACAGCAAAGUAAUUAGUAUAUCACAACCAGAAAAUGAAAUGUUAUCUGGUACUUUAGAGAGUGAAAACUCAGAACAAGUUUCUCUGGCUAAUAUUGAACUUGUUGUGUUUGAUCCUGCUGCAGAAGCAGAAGUCAUAUCUGAAUCUGAGCAGGUCAGAGGUGAUCAUGGCCUGAAAGGCAGUUGUGAUUUGCAGAAUAGCAAAUUGUUGGUUUCUGAGCCUUUAGCUGUCAGUGUGUCUUUACAAAAACAGACUGCGCAAACAGAGCACAGCAUAUGUCAGAUACACAGACACAUCCAAACACCAUCUGAGCAAGUGCAUGAUCUUUCUGUCACAAAAGAAGACCAUCAAGCAUUUAGUAACAGUAGCCAUGACAAUAAUGAAUCUGAUGGUGAUUAUAGUUUCAGUGCAGAGGAAGAAAGUGGGCCUGAUUCGGCUGCUCCACAAAGCAAACAGGUAGCUUUGGCCUCUAUCACCACGGCGCCUGAGGAGGAUCUUGUUACGCUCAUUUCACAGGUUCAGGUGAGGACCGAGUCCUGCGAGGACAGAAACAACAAGACUGAGGUGGAACUCCAGACAAAAGCAGCACAUGCAGAAAGAGAAGUUGCGGGAAAGUCACCUUGUAAGGAGGGAGAAAUGGUAGAAAAGAAAAUCAUUGGAAUGACAGAAAGCAAAAAAGAGAAUGAUAUAGUAGCAGUUUGUAGGGCAGAAGAAGUUGAGACUGCUCAAACAGGUCUGGUAGAUUCCACACCCAAGUCUGAUUCCAACGUUCAAGUUCAGGAGGAGGGCAGCUUCUCUGAAGGAACAGAUGAGAAGAAACAAACCAAUGUUGAAGAGAAAGGGGUGGAGGAAGAGGAGACAGAGGACAUUACUGUGAGUGAGCAAGGGGCUAUAGUGACCAGCUAUUCUGAAAAUAGAGUCCAGUCAGCAUGCAAUCAAGUCCUUGAUGCAGACGCAGAUGUGCAGAACACAAAUGGACACAUGCACACUCAGGACACACCUACCACUGAACGAGAAGGGCAAAAAUCAAAGGAGGAGGAGGAGAGAAAUGGGGGAAAGGAGGAGAGGCAAGAGGAUGAGGUUACUUCCUCUGUGAAAGGCUCUCCAGCAGGGCAUCAGCAACAAGCAGACAUGGAGACCCAUUACCAUCAGCAGGAAGAGCAAGCAUCCAGUCAGGAAGUAGACAGUAUUGUUUCCCAUCUGUCUGCUAAAACCCAAGGUGAAGACCCCUCAGCAGUUCCUCCACCACUGCCGCCCAUCUCCCAGAAGACCCAGCCUGUCCAGAGUGAGGCUCAUGACAUCAAUCCUGAUGUCCUGAGCUCAGGAGUGCUCUGCCUGCCUGGAACAAGAGAUAAAUCCGGCCACGCGCUUAUGACAGUGACAACGAGAAACACUAUCUGGUUGAAUCCAAACUGCAAUAGUGGAGAGCUGGUGCAGAUCAUGGUCUACUUCUUCAGUACACUCAGGAAGGAAGUUAGUGCUUUGGGACUGACUGUCCUGGUGGAUGCCCGCAGGUGCUCUCCUGUCCCCGCCCUCUUUAAAGCCUUCAACAUCCUACAGGAAGCCAUGCCGGGAUGCAUUCAUACAGUACUGCUGCUGGCCGACAGAGAUCUGGCUCCACGUGUGGAGAAAACCACUUCUAUACCGGUGGAGUUGUUGACAUCGCUCAAAUCUCUCUAUAAGCAUGUGGACAUCGCUCAACUCCCCACUGAGUUUGAAGGAACUUUCCCUUAUUCACACAGCAGCUGGAUCUGUUUCAGAAUGAGGUUGGAACAGCUUACCAGCCAUUGUGAGGAUGCUGUGAACCUGCUUCAGAACACCAUCAGCAAACUGGAGUCCUCAGUGCUGCCACCUACAGCAGAGGAGGCACAGAUCUUAUUGUGUAAGUACAGAGAGUUGAUGAGGACGGUUCUGGAGGACAGCAGGUUGGUGCGGCUACAGUUGGAGGGAGGAGCCGCUCUGUCCUGUUUGCGAAAAGAAGAAACCAAUGUCAGUCUGACAGAGGACUACAGAGAUGCCAUUGAGAAUGCGGGCCGUCUGUAUAACCAAGUGGACGAGUUGGUUCACAGAUUGGUGAUGCUGUCCAACAAAUGCACACGGGAACUGGAAUUCAUAAUGGAGUUCAAGACCCUGGAGGAGGGAUUCAGAGAGGUGAGUCAGUGGAUAGAAGAGGUGGGCAAGUCUCGUCUGCAGACACUGAGUGAACUGGAAGAUUCCUUGGAGCAGUUACAUCAUAAGCAGACUGUCUUCAGAGAUUUCUACACAGCUGCAUAUGAGCACUGUAAGAGUGGUGAAGCUCUCCUCAAGCGCUUAGAGAAGUGGGAAGAUGUCUCUUCUGCAGAGCUGCAGGUGUAUGAGGUGAAAGUACGCUCAUUCUGGGUCCAUCUACAUGAUUUCUCCCAGCGAGUGGAGGAAACCAAGGAUAAAAUUGACAAGACUGUUCGACUCUACGAGUUCUUUGACAAGGCAUAUGAAUGGGCGCUAGAGGGCAUGCGUCAUUUGGCAUGUAUUAGUAUGGAGGAGUGUGGCAUGUCUGAGAAGUGUUCGAGUGUGAUCGCGUGUUUGGAGACCUAUCGCAGUCAGCACCCCCCGAUCCCAGACGCACACUUCCAGGAGAUGAAGGACCUCGCUGGGGAGAUGAAGAGUGAACAGGGACUCAAGCAGUGGAAGUUUGCCUGGUCCAAGUGUCAGGAGACCAAGCAGAUGUUUGAGAAGAAGCUGGAGAUGGCCCUGCGCACCCACCGUGAGAGUGACUCCAAAUCAGCGAUGGGUGACUCCUCUCGCCAGAACUCGGACUGUAGAGCUAAACCUCAGGAGCGUAGCAGUAGCAUCUCCUUUUCAUGUCGGAAAGCGUUCGGCGGAGGCUGGGGCCGGGACAGACUUUCCUCACAGUCAAGCAUAUCCUCAACUCCUAGCAGUCCUUCAGGCAUUCGCAUGGACACCCGUGACUCUGUCCGAACCCCAUCAGGAAGUCCAUAUAGCAUUGAGCACAGAAGCACCCCUGUCAGGUCCCACAGGCUAACACGUAGCAUCUCCACAGACGAGUCUCUGCAGCAGCCACAUCUGGAGGGGCAGGCGUGUGCUACAAGCCCAAGCCUCACCUCUAUCGAACCAAACCGCAGGGUUUUGCGGAAGACCCAGAGCUUUGAUACGGCCAGUAGCGAGUCUGUGUCACGGUAUGGGACCUGUCAGAGAACUUUGAGUGAGCCUGCACGGAGAGGAAACACAGGGGUGUUCAUUAAGGGUCUGGAGGUGAGCAGCAUGGAAGUGAUCGAUCGGCCGUACAGCCCGCGACUACCGCCCAUGCAUGAAUGGUCUUCUGUUGACACUCACCGCAGCGGGACUCCUGCACCAGAAACACGUAACAAGGGCAGUAAACUAUGCCACAUCGUAGAUGAGAUGGUAACAACGGAGCGGGAAUAUGUGCGUUCUCUGCGGUACAUCAUUGACAACUAUUUCCCUGAGAUGGAGCGCACUGACCUGCCACAGGACCUGCGGGGAAAGCGCAGCGUCAUCUUCGGAAACCUGGAGAAGCUGGUGGACUUCCACAGCCAGUAUUUCCUGAAAGAGCUUGAGAGCUGCUGCAAUCAUCCACUACGCGUCAGCCACUGCUUCCUACGACAUCAAGACCAGUUCAGCUUGUAUGCUUUAUACAGCAAGAACAAGCCAAAGUCAGACACACUUCUGGCCAGUCAUGGAAACAGCUUCUUCAGGCAUAAGCAGCUGGAGUUGGGGGAUAAGAUGGACCUGGCGUCCUACCUGCUGAAGCCCAUCCAGCGCAUGAGUAAGUACGCCCUGCUGCUGAAAGACCUGAUCAAAGAAGUGAGUGAAGUCCAGGAGCAGGAGCUAACGUACCUAUGUGCCUCCACCGAGAUGGUCAAAUUCCAGCUUCGCCAUGGCAACGAUCUGCUCGCCAUGGACGCUAUCAGAGAUUGUGAUGUGAACUUGAAAGAGCAGGGGCAGUUGGUUCGGCAAGAUGAGUUCACUAUUUGGUAUGGCAGGAAGAAGUGCCAAAGACAUGUGUUCCUGUUUGAGGAUCUAGUGCUGUUCAGCAAACCCAAACGCAUUGAGGGUGGCCUAGAUGUUUACAUUUACAAGCACUCUUUUAAGACGGCUGAUGUGGGUAUGACAGAGACGUCGGGUGAGAACGCUCUGAGGUUUGAGGUCUGGUUCAGGAGGAGAAGUUCAAAGAACCAGACCUACAUUCUCCAAGCCAGCACUGCCGAGAUCAAACAUGCCUGGACCUGUGACAUUGCACGGAUACUGUGGCAGCAGGCCACACGGAAUAAAGAAGUUCGAAUGCAGGAGAUGGUCUCUAUGGGGGUGGGCAAUAAACCCUUCCUGGACAUUAAACCCAGUGAUGCUGCUAUCAACGACAGAGCCAUUGACUACAUUAUGAAAGGCAGAGGGGCCAGGACGAGAGCCUCCAUUGCUGUCUCGUUUUUUGACCACUCAAACCCAUUCAAACGAGCUGCAGUAAAUGCUCCCGUUAGCGGCCCCCCGGUGUCCGGUGGCCCCUCCUCUUCCACGCUGCUGGGGCCCUUGAAUCUGCAUAUGUACAGCAGCCAAAGCCUGUUAGCAGGGGAGAGACCUCUCAUCAGCCCCUGCAUCGAGGAAGACGAGCUGGAACAUGAGACCAGCAGUCAGCCGUCUAUGAGUACAGAGAGUUCGGGUUUGUCGUCUCGCUGUCUGUCAGGUAGUGGCUCGAGCGGGUCAGACAGCGGAUGUGUGUCGAGUCACCUUCCAGAGGCUUUGUCCGAGGAGCCUAGCUCACCGUGUGACUCCUCCUGUUACUCCACCAUCACCUCUCCCACCCAGGAGAAACCCUGCUUUAACAGCCAGUACAUCUCAGCGGGGGAAGCUCAGGUGAUUGGUCCCUCUACUAUAGUGUGAGCUCAGUAACCACUGUUGCAGUUUAAGACCUGUCUGCUUCAGGUCAGAAGACAACAUUGCCACACCGAAGAGGAGUACAGAGCUAGUAUUUAUUGUUCCCAUUGAGUGCCAGCAAAUCUCAUGCAGCUUAAAAAGCGCUGAAAAUAGCACUGUUUCUUAUUUUCUCUUUUUAAACCACUUUUAGCAUCAAUAGCUUUUAUAUAAAUUUAAAAAUGAUCUAUAAAACUGAAUAAAUAUUCUUGUAUUUAUCUUCUUUUCAAAUGUUAAGAUGCAGUAGUGUUCUCAGCUGUAUUAUUAACGGUAAAUACUGUAGUAGUGUACAAUACACUUCUGAGCUGUUGCGGUUAUUCACUCUUUUUGUUGUUGUUGCCCACUUUGCUGCAGACUUCAGCUGGUUUGAUUUAGAAAAAAAUGCAUGAAUGUUAAAAGGCAUGUCUAGAUUUCUAAGCAUCAGUACACUAAAGACGUUAAGCAAUGUUUAAAGCAUUUGUUGCAGAGUUUCUGUUCUUUCUAGUGUUUCCAUAGUUUGUGGACCUGUAGUCAGUCGGUUCAGUAUGCUGUUUGAUAGCUGGCCUGAUCCAGAAUCAGAGAGCAUUCAUUCAAAUUAUUCGACUGGCCUCAGGUCAGCUCUACCCAGUACUGCUGCUCAUGGGUGCUGGAUACCAUUGCUGCAUGUUUUCAUUUCAGUUCUCUUAAUUACAUUAUAUUACGUAUAACAAAUACAACAUGUAAAUUGUAAAUAGUUGCACCAGUGGUGCUUUGAGGACAUAGCGUUUAGGAAGUAAUGUUUAUACAUGUAUUAACCAGUCAACAUGGGAAUCACUCAAGUGCCAUUCUUCGUUGCCAACCCAAAUUGGAAAUGUACAAACAAAAGAUAAUAAUAAUAAAAAGCACUGCAAGUUCCACUUCAAGCUGAAGCAAGUGUUUUAUUUUUCAAUCUUAACAAGUUCACAGAAGUAAUAAAG